AUGUCAGCCAGCUGGAUGGAGCGACCUGCCUGGCGGCACAAGCGAACCGCCAACAGCUGUCCAAACGGCCAAUUAUAUUUUCAUGGCAAAAUAUGUACAAAAGGUUGUAUCGCAACGAAGGUGCAUGUAACAAAACGGGAAAUAUGUUUGCGAAGUAAAGCGAACGACCGGUCAGCGCCAUUCCUUGAGCUUCCGUGGAAGCUGGUUCUUGAUAGAAAUAUCAUCAAGGCCGUUUCAACGCGGAGCUGUACCUUUGCCCUAGCGUUGACUUGCUUGCUUGCGGGUGAUGCGACGAUUGCCAAUGCGGACGACGCGGUGGCGACAAGCGGGGCUGCACUUGAGCUACAGCAGGCAUACGACAAGUAUUCGUCCAAGUACGACGAGCUGGACGGCGGCGCAGCAGCCGAGGCUUUCGGCUUCCCGCAACUGCGGAAGAAGCUGCUAGGGCAGGCGCGCGGUGAGGUGCUGGAGGUCGCGGUGGGAACCGGCCUGAACUUGCCGUACUAUCGUUGGGCCGGCGAUACGACAGUGCCGGCGGAGCAACAACUGGCCGAGGGCAACGCGGCGGAAGGCGACAAUGGCAGUAGCAGUAGCAGUAGCAGCGGUAUCGGAGGCGUCACGUCCCUUACGACAGUCGACUUGAGCAAGGGAAUGCUCGUCCAGGCGAGAAGGCGGGUGGAUGAGACGCCGGCCCUAGCCGACCGGCCCAUCUCCUUUCUCCAGGCUGACGUGGCGGCUCUACCCUUACCUGACUCAUCAUUCGACUCAGUUGUGGACACCUUUAGUUUGUGCGUUUUUCCCGACCCCGAAGCUGCUCUAAAAGAAGCGGCCCGAGUGGUUCGCCCCGCCUCGGAGGGGGGUCGGGUUCUGCUGCUGGAGCACUGCCGCUCCGACAACACGCUUCUGGCGGCGUACCAAGAUGUUACGGCGGGGCCUGUGGCGGCGCUGGGUAAGGGCUGUGUUUGGAACCAGGAGGUGGAGGCGAUGGCGGUGAGGGCGGGGCUGCAGGUGGUGGUUUUGGAGCGAGCCGCUGCCGGCACUGUGGAGCUGCUGGUGGCGGUCAAACAGCCUUGAACCGAGCAGCUUCGUUAGCGUGAUAUUAUCCUUUCGUUGUUGAAAGGGAACAUGUUUUGUUUGCUUUUGUGUGUGUUUGUGCGUAAAUGUUUGUGCGUGUGUGAAUUGUGUGUGUGCGUAUCUAUCUGUGCGUAGUCUGUAUGUAUGUGUGUAAGGAAGGGGAAGGACUUUUUAGGUGAUGUCCGGACACAAUAAAAAUGUGCGUGCCUCAUAUUGGCCAUGUCGGUGUAUAACGAUUGUGUUUUUGUGGGUGUACGAGUUUGUAAUGUGUACGAAGGACGAGCAGUCAGGAAGAGAAAGACAGAAAGAGGGGAGACUGUUUCUGUUGCUACCUCUCCUGGUAACAGUUGUCGUACGCAGGAUUUGUUAUCGUACGAUGUUGUACGACAAGGUGUGCGAAUGUCGCAAUGUCACCCGAAUACUAGUCCAGCAUGAUGAAUAGCAUGGCUAGUUUUAAGGCCAUGAAGGGUGAUAAUGUAUCGUCUAUAUUACAUCGUAUAUGUUAUAUCGUCCCUUCC